AUGAAUUACGCUUCAACUUGGGCAUCUUUCAUCGCUUCCAUUGCUUCAUACAAUGGAGAUCUCAGUUCUUUGACAGCGCCGCCGUUUAUUCUUUCACCAAAGUCUUUGCUCGAAUACUCCCAGUACUGGGGAACUAAUACUGAGUUGCUUUUGGCACCAAAUACCAUCAAGGAUGAUGAUGGUAAAAAAAGAAAAUCCUCAAUUCAUCUUCGUCGUCUACUAGCCGUCAUUAAAUGGUACUUGGCCACUAUAAAUUCGCAAUAUGCUUCGCGUACAGAUAGCAAGCAUAGUGAAAAGAAGCCAUUGAAUCCAUUUUUGGGUGAGGUCUUUGUCGCUAAGUUUGCUGAUGACACCCAGGAUCAUAGAUUAGGCGAGACGAAACUUGUGUUGGAACAAGUUCAGCAUCAUCCUCCUAUUUCGGCCUAUGCUGUUUGGAAUGAAAAACAGAACACAUUGCUUGAAGGUUACAGUGGUGUGCGGGCAUUUAUGAGUGCUACAUCAUUGAAUGUGCGGCAACACGGUCAUGCUUUGUUGCAUUAUCGUAACCUAGGGGAAGAUUACUUGAUUACGCUUCCUCCUCUUCAUUUGGAGGGUCUCAUUAAAGGAUCACCAACAGUUGAAUUGGAUCAGAAGUCAUACAUACAAUCUUCCAGCAAGUAUUGUGCCGUUUUCGAGUAUUCCGGCAGAGGCUACUUCAGCGGAAAAAGUAAUAGUUUCAAGUGCCGCAUUUAUAGAAACCACGAGGAGUCCCUUAAUAAGUAUAAUGCCUUGUAUACUAUAUUUGGACAGUGGAGUGGGGUGUGCUUCAUUAGCAAAGGCUCUGAAGCUGAUUCGGAGAAAAGAAAGCGCUUUUUCGAUUCUUCGAAGGCCGUUGCCCAAAAACUAAUUGUGAAACCUAUUUCAGAGCAGCAUGAACUUGAGAGUCGUAGGGCCUGGAAGAAAGUUGCUGAUUCUAUCGUUCAAGGCGACUACAAAUUGAUCACCAAAGAAAAAUCACAGAUUGAAAACGAGCAGCGUGAACUCAGGAAAAAAGAAGAGGCGAAAGGUGUCACGUGGACUAGACGUUGGUAUGAUGAGAUUGACUACUCGGCAAAAGAUCAUACUGAUAAAGCUGGCAUGAAACUGUUCAAGAUGGCACAUCUUUCCAUGAAAAACGUUCCGUCUGGAAUUCUUGAAGGCAGCAGUAAGGAGAAGUCAUCCAAAACGAUGAAGCAUUGGCGUUUUAACUUGGAAAAGUUUAAUGCUGAAAAGGAUAUUAAAUGUUGA